AUGGGCCUGCGCAAAGGUUGCGCGCCUGUAUGGCUAUUAUUAACCUUACUUCUACUGGUUCUAAGCACAUACGUCGAAGGGAAUUCUGUGGUACCGGAAGGUGAUGGUGUGGCUAACAAUGGUCCUGGUGAGGUGGCUGCUGAUAUCGCGGCGAUAAAGCAAGCCCAGAUCCGCAAACAAAAAGGCAGAGCGAGGCGCAGGAAGGAUUCGAAACCGGACGCGCCUGCAGCUAAUGAGCCUAAUACGGUCCCAGCUGCGAAUGACCCACCAACAGUACCGGGGACUGACGAAGAUACAGCACAAGCCGCGGGAGAACAACCGGAAGUACCCCAGGCCGCGCCAGAGGUUCUAGAGGCGCCUAGUAUACCAGGGGGUGGUAUAGAUGAUAACAAGGACGAUAAUAAUGAUGGCCAGGGUGAUGGCGAAGCGGGAGGUAAUGCUGACACCCCCCCUAUAGAUGGAGGCACUGUGGCCGCUAGUGACCAAUUAGACAAGGGCGAUACGCAAGCUAAUGCUGAUGUACUUGCCGAUAAUGAUGCACCCGCUAGUGAGGGUCCCUCUGGCGGGGAUGCCGGUGAAGGCGUGGUUGAUGAAAUGGUUGACGAUAAUAAUGCUGCUGAUGACGACGUUGUCGACGCUCCGGCUGAUGGUGACGAUAAGAGAGUACCUGGCGACACGCUUGUCGGUGAUGAGGAUGAAGGUGCCGCCAAUGAAGCACAAGACGCAGAUGACACACUUGCUAGCGACGAUGCUCCAGCCGAUGAUGGCACACGUGACCAUGACGACGACGAUGAUGAUGAUGAUGAUGGUGAUGAUGAUGAUGAUGAUGGUGAGGAUGAUGAUGAUGAUGAUGAUGAUAAUGAUGAUGAUGAUGAUGAUGAUGAUGAUGAUGAUGGUGAUGAUGAUGAUGAUGAUAAGCUACCUGCUGAUGAUAACACUGUGGCUGGUGACAGCACAGAAGGCGAGGUCGAUGCACCCGCCGUAGACGAUACAGCCGCUGAUAAGGCCCCGUCAGCUGAUGAUGAUUAUGCAGCCACGGAUGAUGGUGCAGAUAAGAAUGCCACUCCAGACAACAACGACACACUCGCCAAGGGAGCCGUCCUUGCCGACGAUGGUACAGAGGCAGAGGGCAACCCAAUCGCUGAAGAUGAUACACCUGAUAAUACCGACACGCGUGCUAGCGACGGUACGUUGGCCGAUGAUGACACGCUGGCCAUCAAUGAUACAUUAAAGAAGAACAACACGGUUGCCAAUGGCAACGACACACCCACAGCGGAGACCGGCACACUGAGCGAUGACGAUACACGCGACAACAACGAUGACACGCCCGCGAAUGACGACACCCCCGACAACGAUGACGCGGAUGCUGAUGAUGACGACGAUGAUGAUGACGUAGACGAUACCGAUGAUGAUGUUGACGACGACGCCGAUGAUGAUGACGACAAAGAUGCCGAUGAUGAUGGUGAACUUUCCGACGAUAAUGGCACGCGUGAUAAUGAGGAUACACUCAACGAUAGAGAUGUGACCGACGACGACCGUGUGGCUGCGGUUGUUGACACACCUGCCGACGACGCUAAACCUGACGACUUGAUCGCCGACAAAGACAGUGUCGUAAACGACAACACCGUCGCAAACAAUGGCAAUGUCGCAAAUCUCGACACAAUCGUAGGCACAGACAUACCCGCCAGUGAUGCCGUACCUGUGGACGACGGAGAUGUCAAACUCGGCAGUGAUGACGUGCUUGCAAACACCGACGACACACUGGCCAAGGAUGACGCAGACGUUGAAGGUGACGACACUCCAAAGGGUGACGAUACACCAGACGAAACAGGAGGCGAUGAAUUAGCGGAUGACGAUAUUCCGGUUGGUGACGAUGCCAAAGCCAUCGAGGUCAUGUUCGCGGAGGAUGAUGAGGAUGAGCCAAGCGAUGACGAGGUCGCUGCCAAAGACGAAGUACCGGAUGAACGAGAUAAUGAUGACGCACCUGCCGAUGACGACACACUCGCGAAGGGCGACGUACCUAUUGAGGAUGACACACCAUCCGAUGACGACACACCAUCGGAUGACGACAAAGACGUUGAUAAGAACGCACUCGCCGAUGAGAAGGCAUUUGCUAACGCCGAUUUACGCGCCGCUCACGAUACGUCUGCCGAUAGCGCUGAAACUGGCGGCGCCGACGAAACAAAGGGAGCUGCCGAUAGUCUUGCUGAUGGCGACAGCGUAGACAAGUUGGCCGACGAUGGCGCAGUAGCCGAUGAAGACGUACCUGCCUAUAACGACAAACUGGCGCCCGCAGACGCGCUUGUUCCGGACGACACACGUGCCAAGGAUAACUCACCAGUGAAGGGAGACGCAGGCGACAUAGCUGAUAAACGCGACGAAGCUGGUGGACUGGGCAAUUCGGACAAACUCGCUACUGCCGACGCCUCUGUCGAUGACCAUAGAGACGCUGAAGGUGUCGCCUUGGCCAAGGAUGAUACACCUACGGAGGGCGUUGCUGAUGCUGGAGAUGACGCACCUGCCGAUGGGGACGGGGUAGGCAGUGACGACAGAGACGACAUGGAGCUGGACAGUUACUCGAAGGAGAAGCUGGCGCGGGAGAAGGCCCGAGAGAGGAGUCAACCACAGGAGAGUGUGAUGGAACAGGCUCAACGGUGGAGCAGCGGUGCGUAUGACCUGUCCAUGAGCGCGUGGGAGGCUAGCAAGCAGGGGUACGAGACCACCUCCACGACGUUCAGCAAUGGGGUGCAAACCUUCUCAGCCACUCUCGGGGGCGUGAUAGAACAUUACACGCUCCUGGAAGCCCUGUGUCAAGAGAAUGACGACUUUCUGUACAAUAGUGUGCUACUGCUGGCCGUGCCUGUACUGUUUCUGAGUCUUGUCCAGGCUCUGAUCUUCCGGCUCUGCUCUGCUGGUGCGAGUAGGAUCAGCAAAGGCUCACAACCCAUCUCACUGGAGGUGGAGAGUGUCAUGAACGGCCUCGAAGAGAAGGUCAAGUCCAGCGACGAGACUAUCAAGAAACUGCGCAGCGAAGCCGAGCAGCGGAGCGGCGAACUCAGACUCGAGAAACAGGAUAAGGAAACGGCCCAGGUCGAGUGCCAGCGGUUGACGGUGAAGCUGUCCGAGGCCAAGGCCAAGAUCGAAACCAUGCAGACACAGUUACUAUCACACACACAGGCAGCCCCGUCGUCGCCGAACAAUAUGAGACCACUCAGUGCUGUGACACCUUUAUCACCACGUCUCUCAGCCAAACGCACUGGCUCAUUCACUGGCCGGUCUCCCGGGGCUUUCCCCCUGCCACCCCCUUCGGGGGCCAUAAGCUCGACUCAACACAGCCCUCUCCCCAAUUAUAUGGGUGGAGUUCGGGAUAGUAUGUCGGGCCUCAAUAUGCUGACUACUUCCAUGAGUAGCGACAAUACGAGCACUCACGGAACUGGGUGUGACGAGUGCCAGAGACAGGUGAAGCAGUACCAACGGGAGGCGGAGAAGGCCACCAGCAAGUUCGAGGAUAAGGACCAAGAGCAGCAGAUAGUACUGGGCAAGUACAAGGAGAAAUUAGCCAAGAUCUCUGAACUGGAAAGGACAGUCGAGAAACUGGAGAGUGAGCAAUCGCGGGUUGAACGGGAGCAGCCACGGUCAGAGGUGGCCGCUGCUGUGGAUCCUUCACAGUCGACUACGCAGGCGCUUAUAGACAGUGAGGACAUGGUGCCUAUCCUGCAGAAGGAGAUUGUCGCCCUGACUGUGGAGGUGAAGAAGAAGGCACAGACCAUAGACAAGCUGACUGCGGAGGUCAGUAGUAAGGAGACGGAGCUCAGUGGACUGUACGAGGAUGUGGAGAAAGCGCGUGCGAGGAUCUCAGAUGCCGACAUCAAGCUGGGAGAGGUGAAUACGGAGCACGACCUGAAACUCAGUAAGGCGUUGAGCGACUUACGUGACAGUGUGUUGAAGUACAACGAGGAGUGUCAGGCAUCGAGUGACCUGAGACUGAAGCUUGAAGACAGGCAGCUGCAGAUCAGUACGCUAGAGGCCGAUUGUGCGAGACAUCUGGAGAAUUACAAGGUUCUGCAGGAGAGGCUCUCGGCAAACGAUGCAAUGAUGUGUUCUUCCGAGGAUUCGAAGUCGGAAUGGCACGCAAACGCACCAGACACCAGCAAUGAAGUGGCUCGGGGAAGGCACUCGCGCGCCGCUUCGAACCUAUCACAGAUUGAUAUAAACGACCUUGGUGAUGGCGGGCGAGUUGACCUGGCUAUAGAGACCAGUCAUAUGAACAAGUUCAACGACUUGCGAGCCAAGAUGUCUGCGCUUGUACAGUCCAAAACCGCUUUGACAGCGAAGGUGGGCAGUCUGCAGAAGCAGCUGUCCGAUGAACGCGCGCGGUAUGAGGAGGCGAGCGUGGGCGCCACACGCCAACUGCAGGAGAUGCAGGAAACACUAACGCACGCGCACGACGAGACGAAGCAGGCCGAGGAUGCGCUGCGCGCGGCAGAGGAGCUACAGAAGGAGCUGAUCAAAGAACAGAGGGAACUCAAGGUCAGGGUGGAGGAGAGUGGAGAAGAGCUUAUUAUCUACCAGGGCAUAGUCAAGGAGGAGACGUCGGCGCUCAAGUCGAAGCUGGGCGAAGCGCUGGCCAAGGUUGACAAUCUGAGUACCAAGCAGUCCUUUAGUGAGCAGCACGUGGUCACACUGGAGAAGGACGCGGCUGAGUUGAGAGCGAAGUACGACUACGCGGAUAAGUCGGCCAAGAGACUGUCGUCUGAGUUGAAGAUCGCACACGAGCGACUCCGCGCGCUGAGGUCCAACGCAUCCUCGCGUCGGGGCUCCACAGAGAAUCUGGCCAAUCUGACGAACCACAGUGGGAGUGGGAGUGUGCGCGGCGCGCGAGGGGGACGCGGAAAUGCGCGUGGCUCGAUGCCCAGAGGUCGAGGGCAGAGGAGCCCGUCGUUCCAGCGAUCACCCAUGAGAACACCCACUGGUUCGCAGACCAAGCUGUUGUCAGGCAACGCGUCUACACGCGACUCCGAGUCGAGUCCAACGUCCUUCCAGGAACUAGCGGUGAGGACUCUGAAAUCGCAAAGCCAGGAGAUGCCAGACCUGUCCAUCAGGCACGACUCGGUGGGGAAUACAGUGUCUUUUGACCAAUCUGCCAGAUCCAUGGGCUCCUCAAACCCGCAUGCGCCCGGCGGGCCUACAUAUGACGCCGGUGCAAACCCGCCACCGUUCCAAAACUCACCGUUCAGUCCCUUUGGAAUGCCAAGUCAUCCGAGCGUCUCCGGUCCCGGUACAAAUCCGCCGCCAUUUCUCCCGACGACACCGAGGUCGCAGGGUCUACAGAUGUCGAACGAGCCCACAAGGGAUUCUGGACCUACCCCAUCCUCGUACGAAAACUCGCCGAUGAGAGAAUUGGGACCACAGGGCCAAAAUGUGCCAAACGUACCUACCUACACUCCUGGUGCCAAUCCGCCACCAUUUCUCCCGACGACACCAAGGUCGCAGGGUCAACAGAUGUCGAACGAGCCCACAAGGGAUUCUGGGCCUACCCCAUCCUCGUACGAAAACUCGCCGAUGAGAGAAUUGGGACCACAGGGCCAAAAUGUGCCAAACGUACCUACCUACACUCCUGGUGCCAAUCCGCCACCAUUCAUCCCGACGACAUCAAGGUCGCAGGGUAAACAGAUGUCGGAUGAGCCCGCAAGGGACUCUGGGGCAAUUCCACCCCCGUUUGGAAGCUCGCCCAUGCGAGACUUGGGACCACAAAACCAAAAUGUCCCGAAUGUGCCCACAUACAAUUCCGGUGCCAAUCCUCCGCCGUUCCCGGCUCCGCCUGCAAGUCCUUUCGGAUUAAAAAGUGGACAGGUGUCCAGUUUACCGAUUUCCGAGGCCGGUGUGAACCCACAGUCCUUCCCGCAUUCACCUAUGAGUCGAAUGGGAUCUCAAAACCUGCAGGAGUCGAAUGACCACACAACCGGGUCUGCUUCUAACCCGUCCCCUUUCCAAAGUUCACAUUUCGGUCCGUUUGGAAUGUCCAACAACCAGGGGCCGCCAAGUUCACCUUUCGCUCCAUUUGGAGUGCCCAAUCGCCAGGGGUCCAACCCACUUAGUACUGAGACCAAUACGCUAGGCCAGCACGGGUUCCCGGGCGAGUCCAAUGGGCAUGCGCCUCCGCAUGAGAGCAAUCCACUGAGUAGAACUGGGUCACAAAGCCAACACGACAACUCAGGUGCGCCUCAGUCUUCGUUCCAGGGCUCACCGUUCACUCCAUAUGCUGUGCUGAGUCAUCAGGAGCCAAAUAUACCGACUGAGACGGGAAAUCAACAGAUGACCAACGAAUCUGCAUACAAUUCCGGUGCACCACCACCGAGCUCACCUUUCAUCCCAUUUGGAGUGCCGAACAAUCAGGGAUCGAAUCCUCCUACUGGCGAGGCCAACAUGCCGAGACAAGAGUCCGGUUUAAAUCAGCCCCCCCCUGAUAAUGGCCCACUGCAUGCAACUGGGUCACAAAGCGAACAGGGCAACUCUGGUGCGCCACCACCGCCAUUCCAGAGUUCACCGUUCACUUCAUUUGGAGUACCGAACAAUCAGGGGUCGAAUCCUCCUACCGGCGAGGCCAACAUGCCGAGCCAAGAGUCUGGUGUAUACCCACCUCCUGUUGAGCCUCCUGUUGAGAAUAAUCCACUGAGCAGAGCUGGGUCUCAAAGUCAACAGGACUUGCCUCUUGCGCCACCACCUUCACCGUUCACUCCAUUUGGCGUACCGAAUAAUCAGGAGUCGAAUCCAGCUAAUGGCGAGGCCAACAUGCCGAGCCAAGAGUCCGGUGUAUACCCACCGCCUGUUGAGAGUGAUCCACUGAGCAGAAAGUUCACCGUUCGGAGUGCCGAAUUAUCAGAGGUCCAAAUUCCGGCAGAAACGGACAAUCGACAGUUGGCAAAUGAAUCUGCAUACAAUACCGGUGCACCACCAAUGCCAUUCCAAAGCUCACCGUUCACUCCAUCUGGAGGGCCGAAUCAUCAGGAGCCAAGCAUACCGACUGAGGCGGAAAACCAACAGGUGUCCAACGAAUCUGCAUACAAUCCUAAUGCACCGCCACCGAGCUCACUGUUCACUCCGUUUGGAGGGCCGAACAUUCAGGGAUCGAACCCACCGAAUAGCGAGGCCAACAUUCAGAGCCAAGAGUCCGGUUUAAAUCAGCCCCCCCCUGAUAAUGGUCCACUGCAUGCAACUGGGUCACAAAGCGAACAGGGCAAUUCUGGUGCACCACCACCGCCAUUGCAAAGCUCACCGUUCGGUGUGCCCAAUUACCAGGGGUCCAACACACCGGCAGAGACGGACAAUCAACAGGUGUCCUACGAAUCUGCAUACAAUACCGGUGCACCACCGACAUCAUUCCAAAGCUCACCUUUCACAGUGCCGAAUAAUCAGGGGUCGGAUCCACCCAAUGGCGAGGCCAGCAUGCAGAGCCAAGAGUUCGGUACAAACCAGCCACCCCUUGAUAGCAGUUCGCUGAAUACAGCUGGGUCACAAAGCGAACAGGGCACCUCUGGUGCACCACCAAUGCCUUUCCAGAUCUCACCGUUCGCUCCAUUUGGAGUGCCGAACAAUCAGGGAUCGAACCCACCGAAUGGCGAGGCCAACAUGCAGAGCCAAGAGUUCGGUACGAACCCACCGCCGGUUGAGAAUGAUCCACUGAGCAGAAAUGGGUCUCAAAGCCAACUGGGCCACUCUGAUGCACCUCCGCCGUCGUUCCAAACCUCACCUUUCUCCCCAUUUGCAGUGCCGAGUCAUCAGGAGCCGAACAUACCCACUGAGACGGAGAAUCAACCGGUGCCUACCGAACAACCUUUCAAAUCCGGUGGGCCCCCGGUGUCGGCCCAAAGCGCACCUUUCAGUCCAUUUGGGAUGCCCAAUCAUCAGGGGUCGAGUGCAUCCCAUGCAGGAUCAAGCAUGCAGGUCCCCCAACAAGGGCUGAACCAGUCCACAGACGAGUCCGGGGCAUACCCAACACCCUCGCAAAACACACCAGCACCGCAGAGUCAACACGUGCCGAGCACGCUCUUCACCGAUUCUCGCUCAUACCCGCCGGUGUUCGAGAACUCAACUAGAGGUCUCUUCGGAGGACCAGGCCAGCACACGUCAAACGUGUCAGGUGUCAAUCCCACGCCGUUUCAGAGUUCAUGUAUGAAUACACAGGGUGCACCAAGCCAGCCGGUGUCGAAAGAACCGGGUCAGGAGUCCAGGCCAACUCCGCAGGGGAUUAACGAACACAUGGGGAACACUUUCAUGAUGUCGCCUUAGUCGAAUGUAAGUUUGCGAGCUGCGAGACGCCGAGGACUUGUUGUCUUGACAGUGUGGUUAAUCACCAUGUGACACCAUCAGACUGAGCUCAAUAAAGUUCUGUACAUAGUACCUGCCUUCCCUUGUACGGGAGUCCAAUUUCCU